AACUGGCCAUGAAGCUCGUACAGUACUGGCUUAGCUUACAAUUAGUGUUAUCGCUCGCGGGAAAGUCCACUUCACCGCCAUCGUCCCCAUGUCCCACCGUGUUCCAGUAUGUCACCGAUUCAUCCCACUACCACCGGUCACCAGCCCUCAUGGGCUCCCUGAUCCUCGCCGGAGUCCGCACCAACUUUAACAACACCGUCGAAGUUGUUCUGUCGCUGUCCCGGAACGGUGGAUUUUCGAACUCGUACGCAUCGAUCAAGUUGGUCAAUUUGGAUAAAUUACCGGAGGAACCUGCCAAGUUUGUGGUUUAUUUUCCGGAUAGGUCUACGACUCCGAACGUGGUGUCGAUCGUGUUCAAUGGGAAGCAGGUUUGUCGAGGAUCACCCGCUGAAGGGCGCUGGGUGACAACGAUCACGUUGAAUUAUUACGUGAUGGUCGCUUCGCGAAAUGCAGUUAGGACUACCCGAUUCUUCAAAAGUUAUAAGUAUGGUCAAAGGAGACCCGCGACGAAUCACGAAGAUCCUGAUAGAGGUGAUCAACAAGGGUCAACGGAGUCUACAGUGCUUCCAGAGGUGAAGUUCUACGACGGAGAUUGUGGUCGGCCUGUUAGCCCAGCUAUGCCAUUGCUGAUGGGAGGAAUGCAGACCAGACGUUCGGAGUGGCCCUGGUUGGGAGUGUUGUUUUACAAGAAUCGUGACCAGGGAUCGGUAGAGUUCCGCUGUGGAGCUUCGUUGAUAUCUUCUAAAGUACUUCUUACGGCGGGUCAUUGCCUAUUGAAGGUCGAUGGUAGAACUGCUCUACAUCCUAAAGACGUUCUGGUAUCUCUGAGUCGUCACAAUAUCUUAGAUUGGAGUGAGCCAACAUCCAAGACCGUAACACCACGUGACCUGAUCAUUCACCCUAGCUUUAGCGGAGACACCUUCGACUAUGACAUUGGCAUCGUAACCCUGCUGGAACCGAUCAUCUUCACCUCAUCAAUUCGACCCAUCUGCAUGUGGAACAACUCUCUUGAGGAAUCUGUACUCGUUGGUCAACUCGGAACCGUCGUCGGGUGGGGAUUCUCCCAUCCCGAGGGAACAAUCUCCGAAACCCCCAAACAAGUCCAGCUUCGAAUCGUCUCCGAGGUCGACUGCAUCCGCUCCGACCCAGGCCUUCAGCUGACCACGUCCGCGCGAACCUUUUGCGCCGGUGGAAACGGAACCGGUCCCUGCCAGGGUGACUCCGGCAGUGGCCUGUACCUCCACCAAGGACACUCCUGGGUGCUCCGCGGUAUCGUGUCCCACUCGCUGCUCGAUCCCCAAACCGGCAAAUGCGACACUCGCAAAUAUUCCGUCUACACGGAUGUGGCCAAGUACCGGGGCUGGCUUAAGGAGCAGACUGGCGACGACUUUGUCUAGGCGCCACCACCAAUCGAAAGAAAAAAUGACAAUAAAAUUUUAAGUUUUGAUAA